AUGUCUCUUACACCCCUAACAGGAGGUCAAACAAACUUCACCUACCUCGCAAGGCUGAAACAGGAAAUUCAGGAGGAGGAUGGAAACCGGGUGAUGGAGGUUAUGGUCAAACAUGGAGAACCAUACAUGGCCCGGCAUCCGCAGAAUUCCAUCACGGUCGAGCGUUGUAAUGUGGAGGCGGCUUGUCUGAAAGAGCUAGAGGCGAUGUCUCUUCGCUUGAGUAGCCAAGAAAUCUCGAGCAUCACAGUCAGAAGUCCAACAUGCUACAUCUACGACGAGGAGAUGAAGACGCAGAUUCAAGAGUAUCUGCCGGAUGUGGUGCACUUGAAGAAGCACUUGCUCGAGUUCCCAUCGUCAGGCACUUCCGUGGAUAUGCGUCCUCAGUAUGAAGAAGUUGGUUGCGCCCUGGCUGAAUACAUUUGCCAGUUCCAUCAGCUUACAAGCAACAUACUGGAAAGCAAAGAGUCCCAGAACACAACCUCAUCGUCAUCAUCACUGAAGGAGGCCCUUUACAAAGACAACCAGAUGCAGAAGUUGAAGCACAUGAUCAACUACGAUUGGCUGCUUGAAAGGGUCUCCCAGUUUCCCUCCAUUCUGGGCCAUCUGAGAGACACUUUUGAGGAAGUCAAGAAGCAGGCCUUGGAAGAGAUACGGGGGGGAGAUAAGACCUUGACGGUCAUACAUGGUGACUUCUGCCCCCAAAAUGUCCUGAUUGGCGACAAACCACUCGCAGCCGACCUUGAUACUACCCUGUUCGUCGUAGACUGGGAGAACGCUCAACUCGGUGUCCCAAUCAUGGAUCACGGGGAGAUGCUAGGCGAGCUGUACGCGAUAUGGCUGUGUCAAAGGAAGGAAGCAAGCCUCUGGAUUGCCGAGGGUUACUGCAGGGGAUUAGGUAACCUAUCUGAGAGUUUGGCCUUCCGAAUCGCUCUCCAGCUGGGAGUCCAUCUCAUCAGUUUCGGUGCCAUUUCGCGCGAGAUGGAAUCUUCUGAACAAACGCGAGAGGUUGCUCGGAUCGGUGGUGAGAUUAUUGUCAAUGCUUGGGGUAAGCAGAAGGCGUGGUUCGAGCAGAGCGAACUGUCGGUGUUGUUUGCGGCGGUUUCUGAGGAUUGA